AGCUACUUCCGGCGCGCGGCAGAUGGAAGUCCCGGUUGGGGUCACCUGACUCAAGAGUCGGCUAAAUAUGGCGUCCUCUUUGGUAGCAGGUGAGCGGUUGGUAUGUGCUUUGAGCCCCGGCGGGGAGCUGGAGCCUGAUCGGCUACCCCGAAAACUGCGGGCCAAACUAGAAGCCGCUCUGGGGAAGAAGCACACGGGCGGUGACAGCUCCAGUGGCCCCCAACGCUUGGUUUCUUUCCGUCUGAUCCGGGAUCUGCACCAGCACCUGAGAGAAAGGGAUUCCAAACUAUACCUCCAUGAGCUCCUAGAAGGCAGUGAAAUCUAUCUCCCAGAAGUUGUGAAGCCUCCACGGAACCCAGAACUAGUUGCCCGGCUGGAGAAGAUAAAGAUACAGCUGGCCAAUGAGGAAUAUAAGCGGAUCACCCGCAACGUCACUUGUCAGGAUGCAAGGCAUGGUGGGACUCUCAGCGACCUGGGAAAGCAAGUGAGAUCAUUGAAGGCUCUGGUCAUUACCAUCUUCAAUUUCAUUGUCACGGUGGUAGCUGCCUUCGUCUGCACCUACCUUGGAAGCCAAUAUAUCUUCACAGAAAUGGCCUCGCUUGGUUCUGCCUACCUCCAGCGAGUGCUGGCUGCAUUGAUCGUCGCCUCAGUGGUGGGUCUGGCCGAGCUGUAUGUCAUGGUGCGGGCAAUGGAAGGCGAGCUGGGAGAACUGUAACUGGUGCUUCGUCAUCAAGCCUGGAGAAGACUUUGGGGGCUCCAGGUUCCCAAUUCCCGGUUGCCAACUCAACCCCUCAGACUUUUUGUACUCAGGUUCGGUUAGUCAGAGGACCAGCCCAGGCCACCUGCUGUUUCUGUGGGGAGCCCAGUCUUCUCUGAAUUUCCAAAGGGAGCAGUGGAGGAGAUUGAGAUAAUACAUCUUUAAAACAGAAAAAACUCAUCUUGGUCUAUCAGUACCUUUUCCUGAAUCCGGUACCUACCUGCCUUCUCCAGCCCAUUCUAGACACUGUUGGGACUAGGGUUUUUCCACCAGGAGCAGUGGAAUCCAGGCCUUGCCAGAAGACAUACUGCCUUGAACUUGUCCAUAUGUACAAACUGAUCACCAGCUUUCUCCAGACGUGUUUUUUUUUUUUUUGAGACAGAGUUUUGCUCUUGUUACCCAGGCUGGAGUGCAAUGGCGCGAUCUCAGCUCACCGCAACCUCUGCCUCCUGGGUUCAGACAAUUCUCCUGCCUCAGCCUCCUGAGUAGCUGGGAUUACAGGCACGCGCCACUAUGCCCAGCUAAUUUUUUGUAUUUUUAGUAGAGACGGGGUUUCACCAUGUUGACCAAGAUGGUCUCGAUCUCUUGACCUCGUGAUCCAUGCUCCUCGGCCUCCCAAAGGGCUGCGAUUACAGGUGUGCGCCACCGCGCCCGGCCUCCAGAUGUUUUUAAUGCAGACCUGUAAUUGAGUUCAGAAGCCUCCAAGAAAACAGAAAGGAUCUUCUUUCUCCACUUUGUGCUGGAAGAGGAACUGAUCAGAGGAUAGAUAUCAAAUAAAAGAAAGAUGGGUUGCUAUAGGAUGGUGGAACUGGAAGCAGGCAGCUACCUUUUUGAAAAAGGAAAUGGUAUUAGGCCCCUUUUCCAGAAGAUAAGACAGACUUAUAGAGAUCAACUGACCAGCUGUGGUCUUUCCUCUGUUACAUGGAGCCAAAGACGCCUAUGUUUUCCUGAAGUCUUGUAAUGUUUAACUUCUGAGAACUUAGUGGUGUGAUGAUAGAAUCUGUGUAAUGCACUGAAAAGGAUGUCAACCUUAGUUAUUUAUCCAAUAAAUAUUUAUUGUAUCCAAGGUAUUCUUAUUUUAACUCCUGUGACAACAAAGUACAACCAUUUCCAUAGUUCUAACUGUUCAGGGUCUGCUCCUCAUGGUAGACUCUCUUUUGUUCAUUGUAUGUACUCCUGUCAUCUUUUUUACUUUUCCAAAGCACUUUCCUGUUUUAAUAAAUUAUAUACCCAUUAACUCAGUA